UCAAACAUGCGACGUUUUAAAAAGAAGCUAACCUCGCGUGUUUUGCACGUGUUGGUUAAUAACAUACAUAUUAUAUAUUAAAAUUUAAGUUGUUAUAUUUAAAAGUCAAAGACUCUGAUAGAUUUAAUCUAUUAAAAGAGUGAAGCAACUGAAUAUCAACAAAUAACAAGAAAAUGACGGAUAUUGCGGUACCGGGAAAAGAGGUGUUUUCGGAAAAGAAAAAGAAGAAAAAUAAGGAUGCUGUUUCUUUGGGCACGUUUCAGAAGAUUGGCGAUUUCAAAAUUGAGCCCUCCGAAAGUGUUGGUAAGAUAGAUACAGCUUACUGGCCUUUAUUAUUGAAAAACUUUGACCGUCUCAACGUGCGUACUAACCAUUACACACCUUUACCGUUUGGACAUUCACCGCUUAAGAGACCUAUUUCGGAGUACGUCAAGUCUGGCUUUAUUAACGUUGAUAAACCUAGCAAUCCCAGUUCACACGAAGUUGUGUCUUGGAUAAAACGGAUCUUGAAAGUGGAGAAAACAGGUCACUCAGGCACACUUGAUCCCAAGGUCACGGGUUGCUUAAUUGUAUGCAUUGACAAAGCUACACGUCUUGUAAAAUCUCAACAGAAUGCUGGUAAGGAGUAUGUAGCAGUAUUUAACCUCCAUUCUGCUGUGGAGAGUAUUAAAAAAGUAACACAAGGCUUGGAGAAGCUUCGGGGUGCAUUGUUCCAGAGACCUCCACUUAUAUCAGCUGUUAAACGUCAACUACGUGUGCGUACUGUAUAUGACAGUAAAUUAUUAGCCUAUGAUGAAGAAAAGAAUGUUGGAGUCUUUUGGGUUAGUUGUGAGGCUGGUUCAUACAUCCGUACAAUGUGUGUUCAUUUGGGUCUUAUGCUUGGUGUUGGUGGUCAGAUGAUCGAGCUUAGACGUGUAAGAUCAGGUAUACAAGGUGAAAAGGAAGGCAUGGUUACUAUGCAUGAUAUCUUGGAUGCCCAAUGGGCUUAUGAAAACCAUAAAGAUGAAACUUAUCUCCGCCGGGUUAUAAAUCCUUUAGAAGGACUAUUAAUUGCUCACAAGAGGAUUUUUAUUAAAGACAGUGCAAUUAAUGCAGUAUGCUAUGGUGCUAAGGUGUUACUGCCUGGUAUUUUGAGAUAUGAAGAUGGAAUAGAAAUAGAUCAAGAGAUUGUCAUUGUAACAACAAAAGGAGAAGCUGUAGCACUUGCCAUUGCUCUGAUGACAACAUCCACAAUAGCAUCAUGUGAUCAUGGUGUUGCAGCUAAACUGAAACGUGUUAUCAUGGAAAGAGAUACUUAUCCAAGAAAAUGGGGCUUAGGCCCUAAAGCGUCACACAAGAAAAUGCUCAUUCAGCAAGGCAAGCUAGAUAAACAUGGAAAACCCAAUGAAAACACUCCUAAAGAGUUUCUUAACAGUUACGUAAGUUAUGAUAAGAAAGAAAACGGUAGUGCAGAUGUUGAGGAUGAUGGAAGUAGGAAACGCACAGCAAGCACGGCUGAAAUAGUUAACCAAGAUGACUCUAUGGAAGCUAAAGCUGAAAAGAAAAAGAAAAAAAAGAAGAAGGAUUUAGAGAGCACCGUUGAUGCUGACACGACAGUUGAUGCAGACACAACUGUAGAACAGGCAGAAGGUGAUGCAGGUGAAGAAUCUAGCAAAAAACAAAAGAAGAAAAAGAAGAAGAAGGAUAAAGAACAAGAGAGGGAGGAAGAAUGACUUUGAUAAGAAGUAAAAGUUAUAUUGACUGUAAUAAAUAAAGUGACAGAUCACAUUUAACAGUAGACAAAAUAUCAGAUUCAAAUAUAUUUUCGUGACUCCGUUUCUGCUAUAGCAAGUUAGCAUUUUUAGUGUUAAUUUAAGCAGACCCCAUUACUUACAUUAAGUCUAAAAUUGUGUAACUAUUCAAUAUCCAGCCAUUGCAUAGUGAGCUAGUUUUGGUAAGUUACGGGUAAUUUUGCGAAUGAAGAAACUCAUCGAUAAUUGAAGUAAUUAAUUGUUGGAUGGCUUUUGUUCAUUUUAGAAGAUAAGAUAAAAAUAAAAUCCCUAUUUUUUUAGUUUUAAGAAUAAAUGAUUAAAAAAUUA